UUUAUAGUCAUAGAAUAAGCAUAUCAUUUUGUUAUAGAUGUUACUAUUUUACAAAAGGCAAAAAAAAAAAAAAAAAAAUUGAAAAUAAACAAGAUGGGGAUAGGUUUGACUUUUUCAAGGACAUAUAUAGCAAAUGCCACUAUUUUUAAUUUAAUGAGAGUUCUUCUUUGAACACAGCCAUAUUUCCAAGAUGGCAGUCACUCAUAAGGGCCCAUUCACCACCCAACACAUUGGUGGAGGGUCCACAUUCUCUAUGAGUCCUCCACCUCACAGGGCCCAGUGCAACCACACUGCCUACACUGUCUAGAUUUACACCCCUGCCCUGACUACUACCCAAGCACCAUUUAUUCCCCUUUGAAACUAAAACAGUGGUUUAAUGUUGUUCUAAAAUGCCACAUGAAAGUGAUUAUCAGACAUCUCUGAAUCUGAUUUAAAAGAAUGAAAGCUGAAGCAGAGUAUUUUGUCUGGAGAGAAACUUUUAUGCUGUGUUUGCAGAUUUAGCAGCACAUUGGACGUCCUUUAUUCAUCAACAGUCCGAUCAGGUCUGGUAGCUUAUUUGUUGCAUUAAUAUCUGUGGCCAGCAGCGCUAUAGCUCACUCUGCCGGUCAGUCGGUUGGCCAGUCAGCAAAAGUGGUGGACACAGCUUUUGCCCUGGGAGGCUAAAAUUUGGUGUAGAAGUGGCAGCUGUUGUAAAUUAACGCUUGUUUAUAUAUAGUGUGUGUGGGUGUGUGGGUGUGUGUGUGUGAGAGAGAGGCCUUAUGUUUGGCCACAUGUGUGUGCCUGUUUUAAAAUCCAGCUCAAUGAUCUGAUCUAAAUUGAACCCUCCGGCCUUUGAUUGUUGUUUCAGUCGGGUCAUUUCUGCUCUGAUGUCGAUUUUGGGUUCAGUCCAACUUGGUCCUAUUUUGGGAAGACAUCUGAUGCCAGAGGUAGCCUUGUCUUUAGAGACGUAUUCUGAGGCUCUCUGAUACCAAUAUAUGAUAUUUUUACUCCUCCGCAAUGUGUGCAGGAUAUUUUAGUGGCGAGUGACAUCAAUACACUGUAAAGAGAUGAGGAGGAAAUGAGUAGCUUUAUUUGUGACUUGUUUCUAUGUUUGUCGCCAGAUAGAUCAUUCAAAGAGUCAUGACAUGCAACUAACAUUUCACGUACAUUUUUGAUGUAGUUGUACUCAAGUAUUUCUAUUUUAUCCUACUUUACUACUCCACUACAAAACAAAAAUCAAUUAAUGAUGUAUCAUCAUAGGUUAACUCAGCAGUAUAUAAAGUAAUUUAAAUGGGGCUCACUUUUACCAGCUGCAACACUCAAGUGAUGGAGACAUUAAUGCAUCUACUUUAUUAUGAUCCUCGAUCACAGUGAUGUCCUGAAGAAGCCCCCGGUGUAACAUACAGUCCACCAUGCCAUAUGGGUGGAGUUUAUUGGGGUUGUAUACUUACCAGAGAGGAACCCUGCAGGUAAAACUUUGGGCUGAAGAAGUGCUGUCAACUCCUCUGCAUGACUUUUCAGUGAAAUGCGCAGUGCUUUUACAAGUAAAGAUAAAAAUACAACAUCUACCUACUUACCUACCAACCUAACCUUUUUACUUCCUUCCUACCUAUCCUUCUUUAUUACUCACCUACCUUCCAACCCACCUUCCCCUACAGCCUACCUUCCUUCACUCUUUCAUACCUACCUACCUACUUAACCACCUGUCUUCCUACCUACUUUCCUUCCUACCUACCUUCCUUCCUUUCUUUCUAUCUAUCAUACCUACCUACCCACCCACCUACCUACCUUCCCUACUACCUACCUACCUACCUACCCUGUUAGCCACCCACCUACCACCCCGUCUUCCUUUCUAUCAUACCUACCCACCCACCUACCUACAACCCAACCUUCCCUACUAUCUCCCGUCCUUCAUUCUUUCCUACCUACUUAUAAGUAGGUAUGAAAAUAAAAAAAUAUGUUAAAAAAAAAAAAAAAAAAAAAAGUAAAAAAAAUUAUGUAUAAUUUAGGGUAAAAUACCGGCAGCUGUGGUUGCCAGAAUUUCACCAUAGAAAAUACAGUCACAAUGUAUGAGACAUUACGGUGUGCAAUUUUGGCAAGCUUCAAUUUCAUGGCAGAGAAAUGUUUUUGUUUUUUUUUUUACGGUAAAUUACUAUGAAAAAACAGAUAUAUUGUGAACCUGUUUAUGGUUAUUUGCUGCAAAAAUAACAGUAAAAAUAUAAACCUGUUUACAGUAAACUCUUAAAAAACCCCCAGAUAUACUGUAAAUGCAAUUACAGUCUAUCUCAGUUAAAAUAUGGUAAAACCAUAUGAUAUAGUACAGUAUUUUAUUGCAAAGUUCAACUUUACUGUAAAUUACCAGCAGCUGUGGUUGCCGGAAUUUCACUGUAAAAAAUACAGUACAACACCUGAGGAAUUACAGUUUGCCUAUGUAGAUUUUACAGUCAGCAACUGCUUAUGGUAAAUUACAAAGGAAAUAACAAAUUAAGCCCAUUGUAAACCGAAGUACAGACUAGAAUUCAUGAACUUUAAGAAACUCUUUUUGCAUUUACACAUUCUCUGUGAAAAACAGAUCCAAUACCUUGUCCAGCAUACUCACAAAGUAGUGUGUCCAUAUGUACGAAGGAUUAUCUAUGUUGGAAGAAAUAAACAUCAUGAAAAAAUGAGCCACUUGCCCUGGGUUGGUCAAGAGUAAUGAGUCAUUGAGUCCAGACUUGGCUGAAGAGUGCGCUCAACAUAGACAUGGUGUUCAAGUCAUCAGCUCCGCUUGAGACUCAUAUGUUGUCCAUCAGGUGUUCACUGUGGACUGGCAUGAUCCUCUCUGCAGCCAGAAAACAGAAACAAAGCAAAAGUUAGAUUGAUGCAGUCCCUGAGCAUGAUGCCUACACAGAGAUAAACUCAGCAUUUUUUUGUUAAAUUGAGCUUAGGUGAUACGUACACAGAAGAAACCAGCACUCUGGGAUAGUUUUGAAGGUCAUCAGGACUAUCAGUGUGAAAGGUAGAAAUGGUCACUUUUCAACAAAAUACAGAUCUAAAUACAGAUGUACUCAAGCAAUCAGACAGUCAUCACAUAUGCUACAACCCUGACUAAUAACCAGCCAAAUAGGGUUGCACAGAAAAGUAAUGCAAUACCACAUUUUUAGUACCUAUACUUAAAAAAUGUCAGUAUUAUAAGUAAUGACAGAUGUGUGAUUGUGGCUCUGUUGAUUGCCUGAUUGUUGUGUAUUUAUGUUGCAAGUUGACAGGGGGGAAACAAAUGCUUAGUGGUCAAACACAUACAGUCAACAGCCACUUUAUUAGGUAUACCUACGCAAACUAAUGCAAUCCAAUACAACAGCUCUGGUGUACUAGAGUGCAAUUUAUUGAAAAGUGUUCCUAAUAUUUUGUCCCCCUCAAUGUUUGUUAAUGGAUUUGACAAAAGUAUAAGGACAACGCUCAGUGUAAUGCACUCCAGUACACCAGCACAAUCCACUAUGACCUCAAUAAUAAACAUAAAGUAGAAUGAUCACUUUUCUGAUAAUUUUCUGAAAAUCUAGAGGCUUCAUAAAAAUAGAAUGUAUGGCAUUUGGCAUUGUUUGCUCGAGUGAAAUAAACCCCUGCUUACCUCUCAUUAGCCUUGACAAGACUGAUGUCUGACUCAUUGGGUCCAGACUUGACUGAAGACAGGUGGGACAGAGUAUCAUGCAGACAUGGUGCGAUGUUCAAGAAACUGGAACUUUAAGCAGGUGUUGUCAUCAUUUCUGCUUGAAAAUGUUCUCAGUCGGGUUUUAACUGUGGACUGGCAUGAUCAUCUCUGCAACCAGACAAAAAAACAAAACAAAGAAAAAUUAAUAAUAAUAAUGAUAGUAAUAAUAUAGCACUUAAACAGGUGCAAAAUGCUUCUCACAACAAAAAUAAAGAAAAAACAAUAAAAACAAAAAAUAAAAUGCAAAACAUUAAAGGGCCAGUGUGUAAUGAAUGAUGAAUAUUCUCCCCAUUAAUAUGUUUAUACAAGUGUAUAAUCGCUAUAAAAUUCAUUUGGUUUUCGUAGCCUUAUAAUUAUGCUUUUUUAUAUAUAUAUAGCAAGGGCCUUGCUUUAGAGAGGUCGCCAUCUUGCGCCGCCAUGUAUGUACGGCAGACCGAGCGGACAAUCCAGCCAGCCAGAGAAUGCGUUUCGCGUGUAUAAAUAAACCAACGAAGACAGCGGAAGGAAGGAAGAAGGAGGAGGAAACAGCAGAGUGUUAGUAGUUUGUCGAUAGAGAGUAGUGGAAUUUUUUUUUUAGUUAUAAAGUUUGCAAAUGGACCACACAGUGAACCCGAACGUCAGCUUCACUCCUUGUGAUGCACUCUCUGUGGCGCUUUUCCUCCUGACGAUAUAUCUCCCCAACGAUGGGAGCACUGAAUCCCAUUCUGUGCAGCAAAAUGGGAGCGGAGGAUUCAGCCUCUCUUCUCGCCCGCUCAGUAUCCAAGUAAGUUCCUCAUCUGUAUGCUCCGGCUCAAACAGGUAUGGCUCUGGGUCUGUGUCCGCUACAAGAAACUCUUCAAAAUCGCAUUCAAAGUCGUCCAUUGCAGCUACUAUAGUCCGGAGAUAUUGCUAGGCUAAAUAAACAGCUGAGCACUGUUUACAGGCUACGCAGUCAGUCAGUGUGCGGGCUGGAGAUUGGUGGAGCAGAGAGGGGAGGGGGUCCCGCUGGGUAUCGUAAACGAGAAUGUGUGUAUGGAGUGUGUCUGUUACACUAGAAGAGUCAGAGUUUGGGACGGAGUCUUUUACCCCCUGGAGUGUUACCGGAGUUUUUGGAGUGCUCAAAUAAACUGGCCUUUUUCCCGAAUGCUCCUCUGGUCUCCUGCUCAUGAGGGAUUCAUUACAAUAUCGUAACAUGGCUUAGAUUUCUAAAUAAACAUUCACCUCGUCACUAGAUAGAUCUACUCCUGAAAAACUCAUGUCUGUGCAAGGCUUUUUGUCCCUAUGAGGCCACCGUCAUUUACCCGACGGGAAGGGUGAGCGAGUGAGCCCUGCAAUCUAGAAUUUGACCACUGAUGUCACUGUUUUCAACGGUUUUCAACCCAUUUUACACAGUGGCCCUUUAAAGAAGUUAGAGCAAACAAUCAAACAAAAAAAACACUAAAAUGGUUUUUAAAAAACCAUAAAAAGGCCAACCUAUAAAUAUGAUUUCAGGAGGUGCUUAAAGCAGUUAACAGAUUUAGCAGAUCUAAUAGAUGGAGAGAGAUUGAGGGAGAAACUGUGGGGGCUGCAGCCAAAAACACACAGUCACCUUUGGAUUUGACAUCCAAUCAGUGAAACAAGCUAAACAAUCAUGAAAUAUAGUGGAACUUCUAGCUGUGUUUUUUCACCAUAUCAAUGAUAAUACUGUUGGAAUAGUUUGGCAAGUGGCCAAAAGAUAGGUCCAAUGAUUUAUCAUUUAGGAACUCCACAUAACAAGGUAGCAGACACAUUUAAUGGCAGCAUAUCAAUUUAAAUGUACUCACUGAAGCUGAGUGUUGAUAACGCUGACGACGAAUGAGUGUGCUGGCCAUGUCCCAUUCUUGCAAAGUUGGCUACCUUGCAUUCUCCAGCUGCACCAUGCUGAGGAGAAGGUGAAAUGAUAUUGUAGAGUUAAAAAAUGUACAACUAAGGAGUUAGAGGGAUUAUUGACACAAAUGUUGAAAUCUAAUUAAAAAUUCAGUAGUAAAACAUACAGAACCGAGGUGGUUCUUAGAACCACCUGCAAUGCCCUCACCACAGCCUGUGGACCUCAAGGCACUCAAAGAUGAAACUAGGUGGACAAAGCAAGCCAAGUCUCCAUAAAGAAUAAAAUAUCUAUUUUCAGAUAGUUAACAAAAUCACUAAGAAAAAAAUAUUUAUUAAUUGGUGAUCAAAUAUUGAAAAGGCCCGAUAACUGUUUAAUGCGCCAAUUCAGAGUGGAGUAAGUGAACCAUGCCUUUUUCUUUAUGAAAUACUUAAGAUACAGUGCUACAUCAUAAGACAAAACACCUUCGAAGAUGUCAUGUCCUAGGCAAGGUGGCAAACCUGGCUGACAGACAUUAAAGUAUUUCAAAGAGUUUAAUACUGACUGGAACUUUACUCUUUCCACAUCCGGUUUAUCUUCAGUCUGGAGGCGAUCGACAGCUGAAUCAUAUCUCUCAAUGGUAUGCUCUGGUCCACACAGAUUUGGAUCCUCACCCUGAAAUUCAGAUUGGGUUAUUAGGCAGUAUCUGCAGAAAUAUUGUGAGCGACUGAAAUUUUCAGAGAAGCCACCGAUGCAAUGCGAGCCCAAGUUAUCUCCAGCAAUGUAACAGUAGGUUCCUUUGACUACUGUUUCAUCUGAUAUUACAAUCUCAUUCUCCUCCAAUUCCUUCAAGUGUGCUAGUAAUUCAGAGAACACCUUAGCAUGCCCAAAUGCUUUGAAAUCUUUCUCUCUGCACAGUAAAACAAGUGACAUGUGGUCUGUGUCUGACUGUACAUGAAGUGGCAAGUUAGCAACAGAUGCAUAGACAGCUAAUACCUUAUGUCUCGUCUUUGCAGAGCCUAAAGGGUUAUUAGCUUCAAAUGCAUCUUGGUACAGUACUAGCUUGAGACAUGAUGGAUUCUGACCAAAAAUCAUUGGAUUUGAAUAUCUGACUAUCACUAAUGUCACUUAGAACAUCUGAAGGAGACUCAGCCGAGCGUUCUCCUGAUUUCUGCCACAGGUCAGACUCUAACAAACAUUUCCAAGUCUCCCUCACAGACACAUAGUAGGCAAACCUAUCUGUUCUGUUCUAAUCUCUUCCUAAAAACAUUUCCUUAGGCUCCACAUAGUUGAACUUUUUUUUUGAAAGUCUGAGCUCUUGAGUAUGCUGUCCUCAUUGGCCCUGUAUUGCAUGCAGAGAACAGAUCAAAUCCCCUGACAAACUUUGGUGAUGUCCUCAUCUGAUAAUGAUGUGUUAUUUUUUAGCAGUGAGGUAAGUUUACUCCAUUCUCGGAACCCAUCGACUGUAUUCAGCGUCUGGAUUCCGGCAGACGGCGAUACAGCCUCUGGGGGCAGACCCCCGAUUUUUUGGCAUUCCGGUUUGAUUUGGGCGGAGGAGGCGAAUUUCCGUUUCCGACUUCUGUUUAUAAGUAAAUACAGUAUCUCACAUAAGUGAGUACACCCCUCCCAUUUUUGGAAAUAUUUCAUUAUAUCUUGUCAUGGGACAACACUAUAGAAAUGACACUUUGAUAUAACUUAAAGUAGUCAGUGUACAGCUUGUAUAGUAGUAUAGAUUUACCUUCCUCUGAAAAUUACUCAAAACACAGCCAUCAACAUCCAAACAGCUGGCAACAUAAGUGAGUACACCCCACAGUGAACAUGUCCAAACUGUGUCUAAAGUGUCAAUAUUUUGUGUGCCAACCAUUAUUAUCUAGCACUGCCUUAAACCUUUUGGGCAUGGAAUUCACCAGAGCUCACAGGUUGCCUCCUCCUACCUACCUACAUAAACAUCUGCUCACCUCAUUUAUUUCCUUCUUUUCUUCCUUCCUUCAUUCCUACCAACAUAUCACAGUUCAUCAGUAUUUUAUUUGUCAUUGUUACAAUUUGAGAAAUACUUCACGCACAGGACAUCGUGUGCUCGGAGUAAAAGAACUCAGCUGAGAACAGAGAGAGAAAUAAACAUUUUUUCUGGGUCUGGUUGAAGGUACCUGUCUGCUGUGGCUGAUGUUGUUUCAUUGGUCUCCACUAGAGGGAGCAUUUAUUACAUGAGUAUGUGUGUGUGUGUAUGUGUGUGUGUGUGUGUGUAUGUGUGUGUGUGUGUGUGUGACACAGUAUUAAAUCUGUGUUACAGACCCCAGGAGAGACAGGAGAACAAUUAGAAAGUGGAUCACAGAGCUGACUGGGAAAAUGAGAUUGAGGACACCUGUUGACCUUUCCUCAUCACCGUCUCUGUUUCCUUAAAGGCAAAUAGUUUUGAGUGUCACAUUUAGAAAAAAAUAAAUAAAACUUUUGUUAGUUUUGUUCAUUUAAAUCUUUGGUAUUAUGCAACUUGCUGUCUUUUUUUGCUAUUUUGAUUGGAGAAGGUAGACAUGCAACUUUUUCUCGAGGUCCUCUGGGGUUCGCAGGUUAAUUAGCAGAAAUAAGACAUGAGAUGGAGGGAGGGAAGAGAGGAGGAAACUGCAGAGCAUCAGUUAUCCAGUCAGUGGAGGAUGUGGAUGUCGGUUUUUAUUUGACAAGAGUUUUGUCACCAACUAGAGGAAUAACAUUCAUUGGAGGAAUCCCAAACCAACUGUAUGCUUGUGCCAAAAAAACCGACAUGUGAUGUGAGAGCAUCUGCGUUUCCUCUCUAUCUGAGUGGAUUUCCCAUGGAUUAAUGUGGUAGUCCAGAUUUUUUGGAGGGAUUUUUUUUAUCUCUCUCUCUUUAGAGGUAUUUUUACAGCAGUAAUCUGAUUCACUUGGCCUUAAUAAAAGAGUUGGACCAUCAGACCCUGCGCUUAGUUGUGGAGAAUAUCCUGAAAGAUCCAUUAGAGCAGGAGAAAACACGGGGGGACAAAACGGCAGUCAAUUAAAAAGGCAGACGGGAAAGAGCUAAAUGGAGUAACAGAAACUGCAGGAAAAAAAUGUGACAGAAAAAGAGCGAUGAGUGAGUGACACUGUUUCAGAGACGAGGGAAAGAGAAGAAGAGCAGAGAGAGCAAGACGGAAAGAGACAGAUGGAUAGAAAGAAAGGGUGCGUAGAAAGUUCAGUUAUGUUGUAAAGGAGAAAAAGACAGAAGGACCGUGGAGGGGAAGGUAGAAGAAGAGGGGAAGAUGAGUGUGAGGUGGGAGACAGAGGGACUCCAGACUGUCGGCAUCGUCUGCCUGGUGAUUAUGUUCCUCAAACUGAUGCACCUGCUGGGCCUCAUCGACAUCACUGAGACCGACAGCAGUGACAGUGACUUGGAGCUGUCGACGGUGCGUCACCAGCCGGAGGGUCUGGACCAGCUGCAGGCUCAGACCAAGUUCACCAGGAAGGAGCUUCAGUCCCUCUAUCGAGGCUUCAAGAACGAAUGUCCCAGUGGGCUGGUUGAUGAAGAGACUUUCAAGACCAUCUAUUCUCAGUUCUUUCCCCAAGGAGAUGCCACCACCUACGCUCACUUCCUGUUCAACGCAUUUGACAUCGACAGAAAUGGUUCAAUCCGCUUUGAGGACUUUGUCAUCGGCCUGUCUGUGUUGCUAAGAGGUUCGGUCACUGAGAAGCUCAACUGGGCCUUCAACCUCUACGACAUUAAUAAGGAUGGCUACAUCACCAAAGAGGAGAUGCUGGCGAUCAUGAAGUCAAUCUACGACAUGAUGGGGAGGUACACCUACCCCUGUGUGCGAGAUGAAGCUCCUUCCGAACACGUGGACAAGUUCUUCCAGAAAAUGGAUAAAAACAGAGAUGGUGUUGUGACCAUUGAAGAGUUCAUUGAGACCUGUCAGAAGGAUGAGAACAUCAUGAACUCCAUGCAGCUGUUUGAGAACGUGAUAUAAAGAAACACAGCUCACACACAAAGCACACCCACCUCACCUCACCAACCCCUCAAACUCAUCCUGGAAUAUAAUGUAGGUACUGUACUGGACACAGGAACUGUGUGGUUUUUUUUUCUAUUUCUUGCUGCGCUCCUUUAGCUGUAUCUUGCAACUGCCUCUGGAUUAAAAAAAAGACUGCAACAGACUGAAGAAGAGGAGAAGAGCUUCCUGGGUAAAAAUUCCCCAUCGGCCCGUUUUUAUUUUAUUUUUAUUUUUUUGUGUGUGUCCUAAAUGAGGAAACAGAAGAGUGUUUUAUCAUCAGACAAAGAGAAUUAACAAGGAAUGCAGAAUCUUACAAUAAUCCUCUGACCCGAGUUCCUAGGGAUACUAGCUUUAACACAGACACACACACACACACACUCCUGCUCUUUCCUCAAGCGUUUUCUGAGCACUGGAUGAAGUGAACUUAGAGAAUAAAAAUCGCAACAAAAAAAAAAAGAGAAAUGAAGUAAAGCAUGUUUGUCAUCAAAUAUGUGAUGUGGAAUUAGCUUGCACUACAAUUUUAAGACUAUGUAUUAUAUGCGCCUGACGUAAAGGCACUGUAGAUACCUGCAACUGAUGCACCACUGGUGUGUAUGUAUAUAUGUAUAGUUAAUAGUUAUAUAUCCUACCUUGUAUUGGUCUCAUCUGUGCUGCACUGGGUGAUGGAGUAGGACCAGAGCUGAAUAUUUGUUUUAGAAAUCUCUGUUUAGUAUCAGUUCUCCACAGAUUAUUAAAAUAUUUCUCCCUUUUUUAUUUGUAUUUUGGAAGAUUAUGUUUAGCUGGUCAGAUUAGAGUCUGUACAGUACUGUGAAGAAACAAAAGGACUGUUAAAAGUGUGUUCUUAUGCUGAAUUAAGGCUUUCUCUUGGUUCUUCAGUAUCUACGAGCAUGCUGACUCUUAAGUGCCACAGUAUUCUGUACAGUACAGUAGGACCUUUGUGAUGUCGGUUAAUUAAAGAUGCUGUCGACAGCUGCAA